CCACAGAGUGCGCCGGCUGCCUUCACGCCCGCCCGCGGAGCCAUGGCCGUUCCUGCAGCCGCGCCCCCAGUGUGCCAGCCCAAGGGCGCCGCUAACGGGCAUUACCCGGCCCCACGCCUGUCCAUCUCCUCCCGCGCCUCGGUGGUAGCCAGGAUGGAAGGCGCCUCCCAAGGGGGCCUGCAAACCGUCAUGAAGUGGAAAACUGUGGUCGCCAUCUUUGUGGUUGUGGUGGUCUACCUUGUCACCGGUGGUCUGGUCUUCCGGGCAUUGGAGCAGCCUUUUGAGAGCAGCCAGAAGAAUACCAUCGCCUUGGAAAAGGCAGAAUUCCUGCGGGAUCAUGUCUGCGUGAGCCCACAGGAGCUGGAGACGCUGAUCCAGCACGCCGUGGACGCUGACAACGCAGGGGUGAGCCCGAUAGGGAACUCCUCCAACAACAGCAGCCACUGGGACCUCGGCAGUGCCUUCUUCUUCGCGGGGACCGUCAUCACCACCAUAGGGUAUGGGAAUAUUGCUCCAAGCACUGAAGGAGGCAAAAUCUUUUGUAUUUUAUAUGCCAUCUUUGGAAUUCCACUCUUUGGUUUCCUAUUGGCUGGAAUUGGAGACCAACUUGGAACCAUCUUUGGGAAAAGCAUUGCAAGAGUGGAGAAGGUCUUUCGAAAAAAACAAGUGAGUCAGACCAAGAUCCGGGUCAUCUCUACCAUCCUGUUCAUCUUGGCCGGCUGCAUUGUGUUCGUGACGAUUCCCGCCUUCGUCUUCAAACACAUCGAGGGGUGGACAGCCUUGGAGUCCAUUUACUUUGUGGUGAUCACUCUCACCACGGUGGGCUUUGGUGAUUUUGUGGCAGGGGGAAAUGCUGGCAUCCAUUACCGGGAGUGGUAUAAGCCCCUAGUGUGGUUUUGGAUCCUUGUUGGCCUUGCCUACUUUGCAGCGGUCCUCAGUAUGAUCGGAGAUUGGCUACGGGUUCUGUCCAAAAAGACAAAAGAAGAGGUGGGUGAAAUCAAGGCCCACGCAGCCGAGUGGAAGGCCAACGUGACAGCCGAGUUCCGGGAGACCCGGCGCCGGCUCAGCGUGGAGAUUCACGACAAGCUGCAGCGGGCGGCCACCAUCCGCAGCAUGGAGCGCCGGCGCCUGGGCCUGGACCAGAGGGCACACUCGCUCGACAUGCUGUCCCCGGAGAAGCGCUCCGUCUUCUCCUCGCUGGAUGCGGGCCGCUUCAAGGCCUCCUCCCAGGAGAGCAUCAACAACCGGCCCAACAACCUGCGCCUGAAAGGACCGGAGCAGCUCAACAAACACGGGCAGGGCGCCUCCGAGGACAACAUCAUCAACAAGUUCGGGUCCUCCUCCAAGUUCACCAAGAGGAAAAACAAGGACAUCAAGAAGACCUUGCCCGAGGACGUCCAGAAAAUCUACAAGACCUUCCGGAAUUACUCUCUGGACGAAGCGAAGAAAGAGGAGGAGACAGAAAAGAUCUGCAAUUCGGACCACUCCAGCACUGCCAUAUUGACUGACUGCGCCCAGCAGCCGGCGGGGCUGGAGAACGGGAUGGUCCCCACGGACACCAAAGACAGGGACAACGAGAGCAACAUAUUGUUUGAAGACAGAAUUUAAAUGUCCAGACACUGGACUUGAUGAAACGUCGUGUUUUUUAAUAUUCACCCUGAGACACGUGCCUUAAACAGACUUCUCCUUAGUCCAGAAUUACAUAGCAUUGAAGAAUAUAUUUCACUGUGCCAUAGAGGACUGAGAAAGCUUGCUCUGCCAAAAGGAAUCAAAGAACAAGGACUGCACUUCCCACAGCGGCAGUAGGACACCCAGGGAGUGUUUGCAUCCAUCGUAGGUCAUGGCUGCAAAUGUCAAGGGCGCGUUGCUGGGGGGCGGGGGUGAUGCUGUACCCCCGUGCAGUGCCGCCCUGGACGGCACACAGGCAAGGGCAGCUAUUCCUUAGACCAGCCUUCUGAAAGGAACGGGUGUGUCUUUCGCAUGGAAUCUCACUUCCCAAACCUACCAUUAAUGACUGACCUAUGCACACACAGAAGGGGACUGGAUUGGGGGUGAACUGGUACCUGUACUAGGGUUUGAGCUGGCAUUUUAGCAGGUAGCUCUGAGCUUGAAUUCUGAUUCAAACGAUUCAGUGCGUACCUAGCCUUUCUCAUGUCCGUGGGACUUGAGAGCACCGGGGAUUGGUUGGAAGCAGAUCACAGCACACAUAUUAAAAGGUGCAGUUGCUUUCCUCAUUUCAAAAGAAAAAAAAUGGUCACAAGCAUCUCACUGUGGAUAUCACCUCAACCAAGGACAGAAGCCUCCUGAAUUUGAUCUUUCUCACAGGGGUAGGCAGUCCAGACGAUCUUGCACGCAUUGGUGAAAACCCAACCUCAACAGCUGCAUGGUUGCAGGCAAAAAUCAUGCAUUUUCCUCAGUGGGUGCAAUGGUGAAAAUAAACUGGUUUUGAAAUGUUCAUGUUCCCUUUUCUAGCGGAACUCCAGUUAUAACUUUUGAUAAGAGGGGGGAAGAAUACCAAAACUCUCGCCUUGCAUGAUGCCAGCGGCUUGCUGUUCUAACCGAUCCCAAACUUUUAUGAAAAUAGACAUCCUGCAUGUCUGAGACACACCAAGGAGGACCAUGGCAUCAUUCCAUCUCAGGGCUUUUUGUCCCUCUGGGCGUCUUAGGGUAGACACAGUUAUAAGAGCCAACCUUGCUAUCUCCAAACAAAAGGAAAAUGAAUCCCUCAACCAACUCUUGUACAAGAGGACUGAAUCGUUUUAAUUGCUUGCAGCUUA